AAGUAUACAUUAAUUCCGCCAUUCAAAGGUCUUUAAAAACAAUGUUUUUUUGAGUUUUUUUUUUUUUUUUAAUUUGUCAGAUUUCCAUUCAGGCUCUGAGGGUGGUGAUGUUUCUGGGGCAGGCGUAGUAGUUGUCCUGCGUUUGUCUCACAGGAGUGUUGGAAUACAAUGGAGAGGUGACCUCCUCCUCCAGGGCUUCCUGCUUGUUCAGCUGCACGCCGGAGUUUUGCCGCUUCCUGGUCAUUUCCUCAUAGAUUGGAACAACAGCUGGGCCUGCAGGAGGAGGACGCCUUGUCUUCACCUAAAACCCAUUUCACAUGUUGUUCAGGUAACACAACUUGAGAAGUUGACUUUUUGGGUUGGAGUUCUUUGGGCCUACUCACACGCUCUUGCACGGCAAGCCACAUAAGCAUGAGCAGAAUGAGGCCCACCGCUGAAAAGAUGGUCAUGAGCAGUGGGGGGUAGCUGGAUGAGCACUGGCAUGGCUUCCCUGUACCAACACACCACCAACAAUCCCAGUGAAAAAUGUCACAAUCAUAUCGAAACUGAAUUACAUUUUUUUUAAAUGUUCAUAGCCAAAGCAUCCUGUUUAAUCAUACAAAUACACUGUGAUCAAGUGGAGUUAAAAAACAAAACAUUUUAUAGUGCAGUCUGUCCCAAACUUUUUAAGACAUGCCGCUCCUUCAACGUCCCAACAUGCACCCUUAGUUGUUCAUUAGUGCUUUGAGAUACGUGUUUGUUCCGUGACCACGCUCUAUCUUGAAUCAUAUUUCUCUAUUGAAAUAAAUGGAAAUGCCUUCAAUCCGUUACAGCACCCCCCCAAAAUGACCCAAAUUUUUGUUUUUAAAAUAAGGAAAAUAGCACUCUAUAUUAUUAUACAUUAUAAAAACAUACAACAUAAUUAAAUACAAUGUAAAGAAGUGAAGAGUUUGUGCAUCAUGAUUAUUUAUUGCCAUUGUGUGACUCCAUCUGUAUGCGCCUUGGCCACCUGGAGGCACUAUAAUACAUACAGAUGUAAUGGAGACGUUCCUCAGUAAGCGACAGUAAUAUUCUUUUUUUUAAUUUUUAUUUUUUAAAGAAUAUAUGCCUGUGAGUAUUGGUAUAUUAUUUGUUUACAUGUUUCCCCACCGUUUGUGUUCGAAUACCCAUUGCUUAAAGGGUUAUAGCGCCACAACUAUUAAUGCUAUUCGUUAGCCCAUCAAUGGCGUUUUGCUGCUUGUGAAGUCAUUUGAGUUCAUUUCCACCAUACAGCGCUCAUAACUCACAUUUUGGCUUGCAAGUCAAAGAAAAAAAGCGGCCCAAGAAAAUGGUGCUACUCCCCUGCUCAAAGUAGCACUGCAUAUCCAGAAAACGUCAAAAAUCAAAUCCUGUGGCCAAGUUCUACGACCACCACCACGAUUAUUUCAUUUAUUGCAAACAUCCAUCCAUCCAAUUUCUGUACCGCUUUAUGCUCACAAGGGUCGCGGGUUAUUGCAAACAAUCAAUUGUAAAUUGAAGCAAAUUGGACAAAUGCCAUCCUGGUACAGGGAAGUCUUCAUCCAGUCCAUACGGAAGUUGUUUAACGACUUACCUGAGGCGUCAACCAGCAAGAAGACCUCCUGAGUGAUGAAGACGCGCUUUGAGCCGUUUUCUUGGUACAAGUUCUCACACACGUACAGCCCCGAGUCUCCUCGCUCCAAGUGCGACAGGGUCACCUUGACCCACGAGGAGUUGCGUCCGGACAGCUGCAGGCGCCGCUUGUAGUCCGGGUCCAGCCUGAGCUCGCCCUCGCUCCCCCGAGCCAGGGACAGCAGGGUGCUCUGAGAUUGGCCUCUGCGGUGGUACAGGUGGAGGCUCGUGAGGCCGCCGCGGUCCUGCUGAGGGGGGCACGAGAGCUCCACAGACUGCUUCUCUGCCAGCUGCACAAAGGUCACAUCUGCAUUGGCUGCAAACCCCAAACAAACAAAAUGUAAAUGAGCAAAAAUCCUGACAUUCAAAUAAAGAUGAGCUUCAUUCUUACCCUUUAAGAGCCCAACAGUGAUAAGGAUGAAUACAAUGCUGGUCUUCAUGCUGGUCUUGGACGUUUUACACUAAAGCUCAGCCACAAUGAGCCUCCUACCGUUUCCUGCACUCACUUUAUUUGUUGUUCUUCGCCACAAAGCAGGAAGAAACACCACAGCCGCAAGCGCACCGUUUCUUCUUCUUAUUGUGCGCGUUCAAUAUUGUGACUGGGUUUUGUCCUCGUUUGAACCACUUUUUCACAGGGAGACAUUUUAGUUGGAAAUCGUACUAAAAGUCAAGUGGACUGUUUUCUAAAAGUUUUCUAAAAUGUCCAUCUGUCUGUAUGUUUGUCUAUCUAUCUAUCUGUCGAUCGAUCAGAUUGCUCAGAAGUGUCAAUCGAGUGAAUUAGUCUGAGUGUGCGUGUGCAUGCAUUGUGUGCUUCAUUAGUGGGCGAUGGGACUCAGGUGCGCAGUCCUGAGGUCACCUGAUUGGCCGCCUAAUAAAAAGGUUCCCAGAGGCAUGUUGUGUUUGUGUCCAGCAGCCUUCAGCGAUGGCGGCUUUACUCUUUGUGCUUUUGUUGUCGGGCGUCACCGCCUCGCUGGCUGGCCGUGACUUUGUGUUCUCUAAAAAGAGUUUUGCAGAUUACCAGCAAAAGAACCCCAAGCAGCAGGUUCCGGCGGAACAGCGGCAGCCCCUCAACACGGUCCGGGUGACCUGCCACCCGGACUCCCUGGAGAUCCUGAUCCAAGCCGACCUGUUUGGCGUGGGGUCGCCCGUCCACAGCUACGAGGUGCGCCUCGGGGUGGAGCACAACGAAGGCUUCUGCAGCGCCGCGCCGUCCUCUGCCCACGAGUACAGGAUUCUUGUUGGGCUGCUGGACUGUGGCACCAAAUAUUGGAUGACUGACACGUCCCUCGUGUACACCAACCUGCUCGUCUACACUCCCGCGCAGUCUCCCGAUGGCCUGAUCCGAAUGGACGGUGCGGUCGUUCCGAUAGAGUGUCACUAUGCCAGGCGCUACAGUCUGUCCAGUUCUUCCCUCACACCCACCUGGAUCCCCUUCAUGGCCACACAAACUGCAGUGGAAACUCUGGACUUUAAGCUCAGAGUUAUGACUGACGACUGGCAGCAUGAGAGGGGAGUGAAUGUGUACUACUUGGGCGAGCCAAUUUUCAUCGAGGCCUCUGUCCGAUUGGGCCAUCACGUGGGCCUGCGCGUGUUCCUGAGCAGCUGCGUGGCCACGCUGCAGCCGGACAGCCACUCUGUGCCCAGAUAUGUCUUCAUUGAGAACGGAUGCUUGUUGGAUUCCAAGCUUCAGCCUUCAAAGUCUCGCUUCCUGGCGAGGACACAAGACGACAAGCUGCAAUUUGUCAUUGAUGCAUUCAGGUUCCAUGAUCAGGACAGGGGAGAGCUUUACAUCACAUGCAUCCUGAACGCAGUGUCUGUCAAUGAUGCCGAGGCCUCCAACAAAGCGUGCACUUUUGUCAAUGGGAGGUGGCGGUCAGCUGAUGGCAACGACUACCUGUGCGGGUAUUGCCAAAGCGAAGUUGGAAAACCUCAAAGUAAACCUGCCAAGAUCAGUCCUCGCGGUUUCAGCAAGCCAGCCCGACCGGAAUUUCAUUGGCACAGACUUCCUGCUAGCGGGUGGGAACAGCAGGCAAAUGUGGGUCCCAUGUUGGUUCUGCCGAAGCAGAAUAGUUGGACUGUCCCUGACGACAAGGAGCUGCCUCCGGUCCUUAAAAAGCUCAGCAGGCCUGCUCUGUACGGCAGCCAGUGGAUGAGCGGCCUCAAGUACAUGCAUGACUUGGAGAAUGGGCAGCUUCCUGGUCUGGUCACUGAAGACCUUUCUGCUGACAAUGAAGACUACAUCCCCCUUGUUGAACCCACAAGUGAAUUGGUUCUAAAAGGUAAACCAGAUGCUUUAACAGGUGAACUGGUUUUCAUGCUUCUUUCUGAUGCAGAUGAAGAAAGUGAACUUGUUGACGCUGCACCCAUCCUGCCAGAUGAACAAGAUGACAACUCCACUGAGCUUGUUGAGCAGUGGCCUGAGGUGGAUGUCACCCUUGUCUCCAAUUCAACUGAUGCACAGUCUGACAACUCUAUGAAUGACUAAGAAUAAAACUAUUUGUAAUGAAA